AUGAAUGGGCCACCGGUGGUCCAUGGAAAUGGUAAUUAUAAUGCCAGUGUGAUGAGUGAGAAUGCAGAUUACUCCACAAGAUAUCAGUGCAUAGAGUGUUUGAGAGUUCUUGAUACAAGAGAGGAGUAUUUCCGACACUUCAGUGCUGAACAUCGAUCAGCUUGUAUUCAGGAAAACUAUUAUCGAUGUUUUGGUUCGUGUAAACGUCUUUUUCCCAAUAUUGAUAUUUUUCGAGAACAUUUAUCAGUUUGUCAGCAUGCACAAACAAUUUUUCGGUCAACAUUUGGAUAUUCCUAUACUUAUAGUAAUGAUAAUAUUGACAAUAAUAAUAAUCAUGGUAAUAAGGAUAUACUUAAUUUAUUGGACCCAGAGCAUACAGAUGACAACCAACAAGCACAAGCACAACAGCAACAGUCUGCCAGAACCUACUCAUCAUGUGAGAAUAAUGCAUCUUCUUCGUCUGCUUCGUGUGCUUCCAGUUAUGGGAUGAAUAAUAAUGCAUCAGUAAUAUUUGAUCGAAAAUUAUGCUUCUGUGCAUACUGUGGUAUUGGACCAAGGAGAAAUACAGCGGUGACUGGUGGUGGUAUUCAUCCUUCGUCUACAGGGAUAAUAACAACCACACCAACAGCAACAACAACAACUACUACUACUAUGACUUCAACUUCUUAUUCCUUGUGUAUGGAUCAUCCACAUGCACAGAUGACAUCUGAUUCAUUAUUGCUGCCUGAAGAAUCAAAUGUAUCAGACGAAGUGACACAAGGUAGAAAGAACGAAAUCAAUCUAGUACUUCAAAAUCAAGAAUCAGUAGCAGACAAUGGUUCUAGUUCCGACUGUUCUCAACAGCUACUGCAACAACAACAACAUCAACUACAAGAAUCUCCUAGUAACUGUGAAACAACUCCAUUCACUGCUCGAUACUUUACAGAUCUGAUAGAUUUACACAAUCAUGAAAGAGAUUCUCACUUUUUCGACAGUCGUAAACUGAUUGCUUGUCCUUGGUGUCACAAGCAAUUGACAUUUUCUAAAAAAGAUAAUGCUAAUGUGACUUAUGAACACUUAUUAUCACAUGUUCAUGAACACUAUAUGGUUUCUUGGUGUCUUGCACGAACACGUCAGUGGAAUGAAAAUGCUAAAGCUCUACCACAUUGUGUAUGUGGAUUAGCCUUACUUGAUUCUCCACUGGCUAUUUUAUCGCAUUCUGGAACACAUUUGAUACAUGCAGACAAGUACAAGUCAUCGUGUAUUGUUCUGCCAGAUCCUAUACAACUACGUCGAUUGAAGCGUCAACAUCCGAAUUCAUCAUCGUCAUCUUCAAAUAAUCGACAGUAUUCAUCAGAGGAAUUUCUAUUCCCGAAACCUAAUGAUCACAUUCCCUGUUGUAUAGAAGUUUAUCGACAUCUACGAUUUGGUGUUUCUCCACAAUUUGACGCCCACCUUUUAGAAGCAACUAAAGGAAGCUUAACCUUUACAUGUCCUAUUUGUCCCACAGUGCUGUGUACUCGUUGGGCGUUAACACAGCAUGCAUUUUCAGAGCAUUGGGGCACUUUAUGCUAUAUUUGUUGUAUUUACACAUUCAAACCUGAUGAGAAUUUGCCUUCGUUAGACAUCAGUACUGAUGAUGGGAAUGUACAGAUGCCAAAUGCCUGUCCAUUAAUGUCAUCUUUACCAACUAUCGCUUCUUCUUCGUCUUUAUCUCCAUCUUCUUUGAUGUCUUCCUCUUUGAUGACCACGAAGAAGAUAGCAUCAACAUCCACAACAGCGACACCGACACCAACGACUGAGAUUAUCGUGCCACAUUCAAUGGUAAUGUCGGCUAAUUUAUGGAAUCACAUUUUUCAGUGCAUGAAUCAACGCCGUGAUCUCCUGAAUAAUAGUCAUCAUCAUCAACACGGUCCAUUUCCUCCAAUGUCUUCGUUGUCAAUGUCGUCAGCACCAUCAUCAUCAUCAUCAUUGACGAAAGCUGGUCUUCGUAUGAAUGAUGUUGACGACCAUCACGACCACCACCCCGACCAGCAGCAGCUGUUCAUUAGGGAAAUUGGUUUAGACCGUAGUGAAAGUUCUGAUUGUCAUGAUCCAGGUGAAAAUUUCAAUGAUUUUGCGCUUACUAUUGUGAGUUCACCUGAACAUGAGAAGAUGACCAAUAAUGAUAAUAAUGCUGAUAAGAAGUGUUCAGAUGUGGGUUCCUCUUCAACUCAGAUACAAGAUAUCAAUGAAACAUAUUUAUCAUCUAAUAUUUCAACUGACGCCAUCUCUUCGACCAGCGUCAGCACCACUACCAUUCCUAUGACUUCCAACUCGUCGUCAUUGUUAUCUACCGCUGCUCCUGCUACCGCUAUUACUACUACUACUACGAAUACUUCUGUUGUUGUUGCUGCUUCCGCUCCUCUUCCUUCAUGUAGUAGUGCUAUUGAAUAUGUACAUAAAAUAUUUGAUAAUAAAUCUUUAAAGAGGAAAGCAACAACAACUUCAGAAUCUUGUGGAAGUACAUCUCAUAAACGGUUAUCCCUAUCAUUAAACAAAGGUGAUUGCAGCAACGACAACAGCGUACAAGGUAGUUGUCAUCGCAGUAUUGAAGGUGUUGGUGGUGUUAGUGCUGGAGGUGAUGAUAAUGACGAAUAUAGUUCAACUAAUAAUUUUGCUACUACUACUCCUUGUAUUGACUGGGGGGCGCAAGAGCAGCAGGUCAGUGGAGGCAUAUCACGUAGUUGGGAUGAUACAAAUGUUACUGAAAUGUCGGUGUCUGAUAGACCAAUAAUACCAAGUGGAGCUGUAUCGAAUUCGUCUGUACCUGUGGUAAUUUAUAAAUGCUACCUGUGUCGAAAUAAAAAAUAUCCUCUUCGGUCUUCAUGUCUGUUUCAUAUGACCGUUGCUCAUGGACUUGGAACGUCAGAACUGGAUUGGAAUCGUAUGAUUGAAACAAAUGAUGUCCCAUCUUCUACUCCUCCAGCUGGACCUAAAAACAAUAACCCUAAUUUGUUGUCGUUGUUGAAUAAUAAUAAUAAUAACCCAACUACUUCUGGAUCCGCUUCAACAGCACCACGGACGACGACGACGUCAUCAUCAUCGUCGUUGACGUCUAGAUCAGGUGAAUGUGAUCGUGAAGAGAAUGCCAAGAAGAACAGCAGCAGCGGCGGCGGUAAUCGUGUGGGUGUUGUUCUCGGAAAGAUAUUCCUUUGUAAACUUUGUAAUAAGGUUUAUAAGUCACGACGUAGUUUAUUAAGACAUAAAAUUUCACAUCAUGGACAGGCGGAUAGUCAGGCAGAGGCGGGCAGGCAAACUGAGUGAUUGAUUGGUUGGUUGAUUGACACAUUGACUCAUACGUCUUUCUCCAUUGUAUGUCUAUUACUGUCUUAUGCACAGUUGUUAUGUAUACAUUACAUAUAUAUGUAUAUAUACAGUUUGUACAGACACACAGACAUAAAUGUAUGCGUUUAUUU